UCGAAAGGGCUGGUUUGUUGUGGUAGUGUAGUACUAGUAGUACCUCAGAUUUCAGUAUCGCGUGUCCUCUUCGCGUGUCUUCGACCAAAAUGGCUGAAAAAGACACAAAUUCGCCUUCAAGUGGUGAAGAAGAUGCUCCGGCUUCUAAGAUACCUCUGAAACCACCAAUUGAAGACCCUGAAGUAUGCGUAGAAGGCAAAGUCGAGUUGAAAAAGCGAGUGACUUUGCUCUCCGGAAUCUCCUUUAUCGUUGGGACAGUGAUCGGAUCGGGAAUAUUCGUCUCUCCUACUGGAAUCCUAGGAAUGAGYAAUUCAAUUGGUUUGUCGUURAUAGUUUGGCUAGGAUGUGGUAUUUUAGCGAUGCUCUCAAGUCUUUGCUACACAGAACUCGGUACCGCGGUACAGAAAUCCGGAGCUGAAUAUGCCUACUUGAAAGAAGCUUUYGGYCCUAUCCCUGCCUUUCUCUUCGCUUGGACUGGAAUAAUAAUCAACAGACCAGCCAUUUGUGCAAUAGUAUCUCUCAUUUUUGCUGAAUAUGUGUCUAAACCUUUCUUCCCGACUUGUCAACCUCCAGAAGCCGUGGUGAAACUUCUUGGUCUGUCCUGUGUAGUUGUGGUAACUGGAAUCAACUGCUGGAGUGUCCGUUGGGCCACAAGAGUCCAACGAAUCUUUACAUUUGCAAAAUUACUAUGUAUUGGCAUGYUAGUCAUCAUUGGUAUCGUGGAGCUUGCAAAAGGAAAGACAGAAAACUUACAGAAUGCAUUUGAAGGCUCYCAAACUGAUCCUGCUAAGAUUGGUUUUGCCUUUUACAUUGGUUUGUGGGCUUACGAUGGAUGGAAUACACUGAAUUAUUGUACAGAAGAAAUGAAGAAUCCUGCACGAGACAUGCCUCGUGCCAUCGUGAUAGGUGUCAGCAUCAUUACAAUAUGUUACUUGAUCGUCAAUGUGGCUUACAUCACGGUUUUAGGAGGAACAGGCAUCCUUGCAUCAGAGGCAGUAGCUGUGAGCAUUAGUAAUGCUUACCUUGGUCCAGUCAGCUGGAUUAUACCAUUGUUUGUAGCGGCUUCAACCUUUGGAACUGUCAAUGGAGUAGCCUUUACAAGUGGAAGGUUGACUUAUGUUGCUGCAAGAGAUGGUUUACUACCUUCACUUUURGCCAUGAUUCAAGUAAAACGYUUAACGCCAUUGCCAUCUAUGCUACUCACUAGCACYAUUGCUAUYUGUAUGUUGCUCCCCCCUGGUUCSAACUUCAUGAGCUUAGUUGGMUUCUUUAGCUUUGCUGCCUGGCUGUUUUAUGGCGGCUCAUUUGCAGCACUUUUGUGGCUGCGAUACUCAAAACCUGACAUGCCUCGCCCAUAUAGAGUGCCUAUUUAUAUACCUAUCUUUAUGCUACUUGCCUCAAUCUACCUGGUGAUAGCCCCUAUUGUAGACAAACCACUUGGSUCUCUCAUUGCUCUGGCCAUCAUCCUGGCAGGUCUUCCUUUCUACUUCUUCUUUAAGUCAAAAUAUGUCCCUCAGUGGUUCAAGGACGCUGUUGAUUCAUUCACCUACGGAUCUCAAAAGCUGUUUGACAUUGCCCUCACUGAGCAAUGCAAUUGAUACUGAUUACCUGAGCCUGCAACCCAACGAGAUCAGCAGUAAUAAACACUACCUGAUGGAACAACCCAAACAACAAAACACAAAAAUAUUAUUUUGUACAAUUCAGUACUUGGUACAAGAAUUUAUGUUUCAUUUCUAACUUAUUUCUUCAAGUUGACUUUGAAAUCAACAAAGAUUUAAAACUUUUAACAGGAAAGCUACUAUAUGGUAAAUUGUUACCAUGGUAAGUUGUUGCCAUGGUGRCAUUAGGUUUUUGAAUUUUAACUUUAACUUAUAUGUCAACAUAUAUAUUUUAACUUAUUUAUCCUUCAAAGUCUUGUUUUUACAUAAAGUAAUAAUGUAUGUGUAAGGAUCUAAACUAAACCUUUGAAAGACUAAAAUAAUGUGCUUUCUUUAAGCAAUAACUUACCAUUUCCAACAGUAUGUUUUUUCUAGUUAAUUUACUAUUUACUAGGGAAGCAAUGUAAGAAAUUCUCCGUGUUUCCAUUCUCUGUUAGAAACKUGCAGGAUUGUUGGGAGAAUGCAGGGAAAGGUUUUGAAUCAAAAGAUGUAAGCAUGAAUGGAUACAUGGAAAAUAUCUUCUAAAAUAACAACUCUUUGCUUGAAAGUUGUGUUUCUGUGCYCUCUAAGAACYAAGCACAUUUCAACCAAUCAAUGCGUGARCUAUAAAAUAGUUAAUUYMUACAUGUAAUACAUGUUCAAUGUGUGUAAAGUCAAAUGCUGCACCCUCGCAAUGUUUAUAUAAAGAUUUGAUUACUAUGCAAUAGCACUGUGAGAUCAUGGUCAAAAAACAUCACUGUCACUGAACAAUGCCUAGAAAAUGUUAAAUUGAGCAACAACUAAGCAACACACACAGCACAGUCACAUAGUAAUAAUUCAACCUUUACUAUUAAGUUAUCCACAGUGCUUCAACGGUGAAGUUAGUGAUUCAAGUUUUAUCCCUCAUUUGUAUUUGUUUGCUAAAAAUGCUAAUAUUUUUAAAAUAUAAUAUAAAGUUAUUUUGAUAAUGAUUAUUUGUAGAUAUAAAAAGUAGAAAUGAAUUGUGGUAAUUAUAAAAUAAUUUCAUUCGAAUGUUGUUUGUUGGUAUGGUUUGUAAUUGGGAUUUUAAGGUUUUUCUUUGAAUGGCUAGAAUUUGGAAUGAAAUAGCAGUGUAGAUUUAARCUGGAGUAUAGUGUAGUACAGAGGACAUAUUAUACUGCGAUAAGAUAAAAUACACUAAGAUAUUUAGAUAACUGGUUGAAAAGUUUUCACAAAUAUUCCUCAUCAAAGUUCAAAUUGUUUUAUCUGCAAGAUAAAAAUUAAUAYGACACCRAAAACAUCUGAAUAUUUCUUGUCUUGUGUCAAAACCCACAAUUUACUGAAUCAGUCAUGCACAAAGCAACCAUAACURCAAAACCUUGUUUCAAAAUCUUAGCCAUUCAUAAGAGCAAAUUACAUUGUAUUUAAAUGUGUGUACAACUACUGUGUAGAAWCCACAUAAUUUAUAGUUAUACUGAUGUCAGACAAUCCCGUGUUUGUAUUACUGUUUAGCGAUAACUUAAUAUAUUAUCAAUGAGUAGAAUUCUUGUUCAAGGUAGACAAGUAUUAUUCAAUUUUGUUGUAGAUUUGGAGAGUAUACUUGUGUAUGCAUGCAUAUUCACAAAACAACUKACAGGAGAAUUAAAUAUCUUGUCAAAUCCUUUUUGUUCAUGUAAAACUGACCUAUAAGAAUAACAUAAUAUAAUAAUAACAACCUAAGGUUAUAAUAAACCCUUUUAGCGAUCUCUUUUACGCUGUGUUAGCCUCAAAACCAUGUAAUAAAUUCUUUUAUUCACAACAGCCCGUGCAAAUGCAAGAGAUCUGUGAGUAUAGAAGACAAUGGAAAUAGUUUGAAAUCUCACGAGUUUUAUCUACAUUUCUGAAUAUUUUAGCACACAAUUGAGGCUUAACACAGCGUAAAAGAGAUCGCGAAACUCGACUAUUCCAGAGUAUUUAUUUCCAUAUGACCACAUGGUCAAGUGCACAUGUCAUCAAGUACAUGAGAGUUGCAUGAAAAUAAAGAACUCUUGAGGGAAAAAUA